AUGGGACUCUUUUCAUCAUUUCCUUCGAAGCUGACGUCAACAGAGACAACGCCCAACAAUGAAAUUGCAAUUGAAAUAAAAGACACACUGGGGUUAAGUACUACCCCGGAGAUAAAUGUGCGAGAUGGAGACGGGUCAACAAACGGACCUGUUACCACCAAAAUAGUGAGAAAUAAAGAGUACAAGAACUUGUUCAACAGAUUAGAUGUGAGUAGUUGUGGGGAAGUUACUUUUGAAGACUUUAAAGAGGCUUUGAAAGCUUUGGAUCAUCCUAUUAGCGGGAAUGAACAAUUAGUGGAGUCUGUAUUUGAAUCCUUUGAUCAUAAUAAAGAUCAUAAGAUAACUUUUGAAGAAUUCAAAUCUUAUUUGGCUAUUACAGACAACCAAAUAGAGAAGGGCUUCAACGUCAUUGAUGCCGAUCAUGACGGGAGAUUCUCCAGGGAUGAUUUCAAAAAUUAUUUCUACAAUAGAUUAAACUUGCAUCCAACAGAUCAAGAUGUUGACCAAUUAUUUUAUCAAAUGGAUAGUCAUCAUGAUGGCUAUGUUACUUAUGAUGAAUUUAGAGAAUUUCUUAUCCUAAUGCCAAGGUUGAAUGGAUCGAGAAUUAGAACCGCAUUUAACUAUAUUGUUGAAGAACUAGAUAUUUCUUCCGAUGGUGACGUUACCUUAAUCAAUCAUUUCAUUAAUGGGUUUGGCUUUUUCCUUGCUGGAGGUUUAUCUGGAGUGGUUUCAAGAACAUGCACUGCACCUUUCGAUAGAAUCAAGGUAUUUUUAAUUGCUAGGACCGAUUUGACAUCCACUGUGUUACACUCAAGAAGAGAAAUUGCUAAUCAGAUUGCAAAGGGGACCGUUAGAACUAAGAUGCAACAAGCGAGAAAAGCUUUGCACUUGCUAUCAAUGUCUUAUGAGGCCACGGAAGCUUUAGAGCCACCAAAAAAGGUUAGAUCCCCCAUUAUACAGGCAGCAAGAACAAUUUGGAAACAAGGUGGCCUUAAGGCAUUUUAUGUUGGGAAUGGGUUGAAUGUCGUUAAAGUGUUCCCUGAAUCUGCUAUGAAAUUUGGUUCUUUUGAAGCUGCUAAACGGUUUUUUGCCAGAAUAGAGGGUGUUGAUGAUACUGCAAAGUUAUCGAAAGCCUCUAAUUACUUGGCUGGUGGGUUUGGAGGUGUUUGCGCACAAUUUACAGUUUAUCCAAUUGAUACUUUAAAAUUUAGAUUGCAAUGUUCCAAUCUUGAUUCCGAUUUGAAAGGAAAUAGAUUGCUUAUUCAUACAGCAAAAUCAAUGUACAAAGAUGGUGGUCUUCGAAUGUUUUACCGCGGUUUAUUUGUUGGAGUCUCUGGUAUUUUUCCAUACGCUGCAUUAGAUUUGGGAACCUUCACAUCCAUUAAAAAUUGGCUAGUGAAAAGAGAAAGCUUAAAAUAUGGUGUCCCAGAAGAGGAUAUCAAAUUGCCCAAUUACAUGGUGCUUACUUUAGGUGCGUUAUCAGGUACUUUUGGUGCAACAAUGGUGUAUCCUAUAAAUUUGUUGAGAACUAGAUUGCAAGCUCAAGGUACUUAUGCUCAUCCAUAUACCUACGAUGGAUUCAAUGAUGUCCUAAGAAAAACUAUCGCUAGAGAGGGUUAUGGUGGGUUAUUCAAAGGGUUAACCCCUAAUCUUGCAAAAGUGGCACCAGCAGUGUCUAUUUCUUAUUUCAUGUACGAAAACUUGAAGUAUAUGUUUGGCUUGGAUAGUCAGGUUCGAGGGUAA